CGGAGCCCAGGGGCAGAACCACCCGGCUCCCAGCAUGGCUACGGGGGGGAGCCGGCCGGGGGGGGCCCUGCUGCUGGUCGUGCUGCUGCAGCACGCGGCGUGCCAGGCGGCUGGGGGGUGCGGGGGGGAAGGCUCCCCCCUGGAGCCCUUCGACUCGCUGUAUGCCGGCGGCGUGGAGGCGUACUACGGCGGCGACUUCGCGGCGGCGGCGCGGUGCCUGGAGCGGGCGCUGCGCAGCCGGAGGGAGCUGCGGGAGGCGAGGCUGCGGUGCAGGAGGAGCUGCCGGGGGCAGGUGCGGCUGGAGGAGCUGGGGUCGGGGCCCGGAGGCGAGCUGCCCUUCUGGGGGGCCUUGCUUCGGCGAGCCGGCUGCCUGCGGAGCUGCGAGGAGGCGCGGCUGGGAGCAGCGUCCCGGCACCGAGCCGCCGAGGAGGUGCGAGCCGAUUUUCAGCGCAGGGUGCCCUACAGCUACCUGCAGCGAGCCUACAUCCAGCUGAACCAGCUGGAGGAGGCGGCAAAUGCAGCUCACACUUUCUUCAUGGCAAACCCCGAGCACAUGGAGAUACAGCAGGACAUUGAGAACUACAAGACCACGUCAGGGAAGGUCAGCUUGAUUGACCGGGAGGCCAAGCCGCACAUGGAAGACUACAGUGCUGGGGUAAGGCACUACGACAGGGAGGAGUAUGGGCUAGCCAUUGACUUCUUGGAGCGCGCCUUGGUGGGGUACUACUCUGAGGAUGAAGACUGCCAGAUCAUGUGCGAGGGACCGCAGAGAUUUGAGGAGCACGAAUACCUGGACUACAAGGCCAGCCUCUACGAAGCUGUUGCAGAUCACUACAUGCAAGUCCUGGCCUGCAAACACGACUGUGUCCGGGAACUCGCCACGCGUUCAGGCCGCAUCUCACCCAUCGAAAACUUCCUUCCCCUCCAUUAUGACUACUUACAAUUUGCCUAUUACAGAGUCGGUGACUACGUGAAAGCCCUGGAGUGCGCCAGGUCCUACCUCCUCUUCCACCCGGACGAUGAAAAUGUCUUGGAGAAUGCAAGCUACUACGAGGGCCUCCUGGAAGGUACUCUGGAUCCAGGCACCAUCAAACCCAGAAAGGAAGCGAAAGCGCUGCUGCGGCGCCAUAAGCUGGAGUCUCACCUCCUGCAGGUGGCUGCGGCUGGGCUGGGAUUCACCUACACGGAGCCGAACUACUGGAAGAGGUAUGGCGCCCGCCAGGACGAGCACAGUGUCCCAUCAAGUAUUAGCAACGAACCAGAGGAAGGGCCCCGGCUGUCCCUAGCAAAGAAACCCACACCGAAACCAGACCGAGAGCUGAAGGAGGGGGGCCCACUUCUCUACAGCGACGUGAAGUUUGUCUACAACUCACAGCAGCUGAAUGGCACCCAGCGAGUACUGCUGGACAACGUCAUCUCGGAGGAGCAGUGCCGAGAGCUUCACAGGGUGGCCAGUGGGAUCAUGUUGGCUGGAGAUGGUUACCGGGGCAAAACCUCCCCCCACACCCCAAAUGAGAGAUUUGAAGGAGCCACUGUCCUCAAAGCCCUCAAGUACGGCUAUGAGGGCCGCGUCCCGCUGAAGAGCGCCCGGCUCUUCUACGACAUCAGUGAGAAGGCCCGCAGGAUUGUCGAGUCCUACUUCAUGCUGAACUCCACGCUCUACUUCUCCUACACGCACCUGGUGUGCCGCACCGCUCUCUCUGGUCAGCAGGAGAGGAGGAAUGAUCUGAGCCACCCCAUCCAUGCUGACAACUGCCUGCUGGACCCCGAGGCCAACGAGUGCUGGAAGGAGCCUCCUGCCUACACCUUUCGGGAUUACAGUGCCCUCCUCUACAUGAAUGCAGAUUUUGAAGGCGGCGAGUUCAUCUUCACUGAGAUGGAUGCCAAAACUGUGACGGCAUCCAUCAAGCCAAAGUGCGGGCGAAUGAUCAGCUUCUCAUCGGGCGGCGAGAACCCCCACGGGGUGAAGGCAGUUACCAAAGGGCAGCGGUGUGCCGUGGCUCUCUGGUUUACCCUGGACCCACUUUACAGAGAGCUGGAGCGAAUCCAGGCAGAUGAAGUGAUCGCGAUGUUGGACCAGGAGCAUCUAGGACCCAGUGAAAUGAACAUCAACCCAAAGGAUGAGCUAUGAACUAGGCCAAAGACUUUUUCUAUUAAAUAUUUAUUUAAUAUUGUUAAUCUUAUUAGAACCUUUCUAUUUUUGUACAGAGAUGCUGUAUAAGUUAACAGGUUAAUAUGAUUGUGGAGUUUUCAGGAGUGCCUCUUCUGUGUUUAGCACAGCUCUUGCUGGGACCCCUCAUUCCUGUGCCAGCAUCUCCUGCUGGGACUGACUCUGCUGCUGAGGUUCCCUGUCCUUCCCUAGCAAUGCUCAGGACCCAUUCAGGCCCACUGCACCCUUUUUUCAAUUCCUCAGCCAGAAGAUGCUGCUUCUCUUUAGCCUCUGCUAGAGAAAUGUCAGAGGUGUGCUGAUGGACCCCUCUCCCUGUCCCUGCAAAGAGCUGGCUGAAGACUCAUCAGUGCUGCCCUGGGAGAAACUGGAGCACUGGUUGUGGCUGUUCUCCCCAUCCUGGAAACUGCUCCACACCCAUCCUGUGAGCUUCCAGCCCCUGCUGCUGCUGGUAAAACCCAAGGUUACACUUCAUGGUUUCCAGGUGCAUGUUCAAAAGCAGCUGCAAGUCUCAGAGAUGUUACAGUGCCAUGGUGUUGGAUGGUCAUGAUGCUGCUUUGUAUGCUGGGUGCCCUGUCUGCAUCUUCCCAUCCUGAUGGUGCAGAAGCUGCAGAUGUUUAUGGCAUGGUAGCAUCUACUUGCUCAGAGUAUUUCUGACACAGUCUGAGGGUGUUGCUGUGAAAGCACAUGCUGCUUAGCACAAGAAAUUUACCCUGCCAGCACCUGCUGCUGACCUAGUAAAUCGUGUCUCACCCACCAUUAAAUUAACGCCUGUGCACGGGACCAGAGCAGCCCCCACCUGAGUCACAACAAGCACUGAAGUCUCAGAACUGUCUGCACCCCAGACCCAGGGACAGUUUUCGUUUUGACCCAACAGCUGCUAGAAAGCAGUUCCGAAGAAGCAGGCUGCAGCAAUCCUAGUUGUUGCAUUUCCUGCAAGGCUGCUGUCCUCUGCAGAAAGCACCCCAGGGGGCUUGGCUGGAGCUCACCUCCCCAGGCAGCUUUGCUUAGCUCCCUGCUGCAUUGGCUUGGUGUUUUCUCAGUCCUUUUCUGCUCCCCUCUGCCAGGUCUGGCAUUUCCAGGACUUAAAUCAGGUGUUGUCCUCUGUCCCCACCACACUAUUGCCUCCCAGGCUUGGCUCCUGCUUGCUGCGCCCUUGGCCCCAGUUUGUGCUGCUCCCCUUGCAGGCUGGGGUUGGUUUGCUGCUGCGGUGGUUAGCCAGAGCUGUGUCUAAAUCCAGGGGAAAUAAACUAAACUAA